GUCAUCGAUAUGCGACGAGGACUCGCGAUUUCCUGUCGCUACUCGAUUCGCGUGUCCGGAAAAAAGGAAGACAAGAGAGAAAAGAGCGUCGAGUAGGCCGAAGAGUGCCGUUCCCAUGACCGUGCAGCGAGGUGUGUGUGUGAUGGUCUCCAGGCCAGGGCUGUCCAUGUAAGCAAGGAAUCCUAGAAGAGCAGACCAGACACUUGAGGAGAAAAGAAGAGUUUAACACAGAACAUGGCCUCGGUGGAAGAGCAUGUCAUGUAUGAAAAACUGGCCCACAUUAAGCAAGAGGACUGUGAAUGGGGUGCACCAGAGCCUUUCUAUAUCAAACUGGAGAAUUGUGAAGGAGGAAUUUCAGUUUUUAAAGAGGAGGAUUCCAAGGACCACGUUGCUGACAUUAAAUCUGAGAGACUGGAAGGUAAUUGUGAGAACUCUCAUUCCAGUUUACAGUCUUGGGACACUACAUUUGGACAAGUGGCUACCGAGCAGAAUUGCAUGGAACUGAAAUCGGAGUUAAUGGAGUUUGAAGAGAAAAUCAAGAGAGAAGAAGAUGAACAAAAGCAGCCGUCAUCUUGGAGCGUUGGAAUGAAUUACCAGAAGAAUGGCAACUUCUGUCCGUGUCCAGUUGGUCAGACAUCUCUUCAAAGCAGCAGCUUUCUUCCUACUGUUAAACUAACACAGGGAGAAGCCAUCAGCACUGAGCAAGAACAAUUAUAUAAUACAGACAAAGAGUCCUUGCAGGCCUACAGUGAAUGCAGGAAAAUGUUCAAAAACGCUCCUGACUCCAAAGAUCAUAAGGCUACUUGUAAAAGAAAGGAACCCUAUGUCUGUUCGGAAUGUGGUAAACUCUACUCAAGGAGUCGCUCCCUUUACAAACACAAAAGAAACCACACUAUAGGAAAGCCUUACAGCUGCUCAGAGUGUGGCAAGUGUUUCUUAGACAACAGCAGUCUUACUAACCAUCUGAGAAUUCACAAGGGAGAGAAACCAUAUUGCUGUUCAGAAUGUGGCAAACGAUUCUCACAAAUUAGCAGUCUUACUAGCCAUAUGAGAAUCCACACUGGAGAGAAACCAUUUUGCUGUUCAGAAUGUGGCAAACGAUUCUCACAAACUAGCCAUCUUCAUAGACACACAAGAAUCCACACCGGAGAAAAACCUCAUUGCUGCUCUGAUUGUGGGAAGCGAUUCUCUGAUAAGAGUGCUCUUCAGAAGCACAAACUAAUUCAUACUGGAGAGAAGCCAUAUUGCUGUUCUGAAUGUAACAAAAAAUUUACUUGCAAUAGAAAUCUUCAGAAUCACAAACUAAUUCACACUGAAGAGCAACCUCAUUGUUGUUCUGAAUGUGGCAAAAGAUUUUUGUAUAUUAGCAGUCUUUUGGCGCAUGGAAAAAUUCACAGUGGAGAAAAACCUUAUUGUUGUCCUGAUUGUGGUAAGCGAUUCUUUAACAACAGUGCCCUUCAGCGCCAUAAAAUAAUUCAUACUGGUGAGAAACCUCACGGCUGCCCCGAGUGUGGCAAGCAUUUUUCAGACAGCAGCAGCCGUAUUAGGCAUAUGAGAAUCCACACUGGAGAGAAACCUUGUUGCUGUUUGGAAUGUGGCAAGCGAUUCUCGCAUAUAAGCCAUCUUCGGAGCCACACAAAAACCCACACUCAAGAAAAACCUCAUGGCUGUUCUGAAUGUGGCAAGCGAUUUUCCCAUUUAAGCAAUCUUCAGAGGCACACCAGAACUCACACUGGAGAGAAACCAUAUUGCUGUUCAGAGUGUGGCAAACGAUUCACACUUAAAUGCAGUCUUCGGAGGCACACAAGAAUCCACACAGGAGAAAAACCUUAUUGCUGUUCUGAAUGUGGCAAACACUUUUCUGUCAGUAGUCGGCUCCAAAGGCAUCAAAGAAUUCACAGAAGAAGGGCAGACACUUUGGUGGGGGGGAGGCGAAGAGUUUUACACGAAGCAAUGGCCUCAGUCAGAGAGGAUGGCACGGAUGAACGGCCGGCACGGAUUAAACAAGAGGACUGUGAAUGGGGGGCCCCAGAGGAUUUGACUUUGAAGGAGGAGGACUGCGAACACAGCAUCUCCUGCUUUAAAGAGGAGGAGAUUGUCGAAGUUAAAGUCGAGGAUACAGAAGAGUCGUCGGCGAGUCCUGAACUUGAAACACCCGAAACUGGGCACGUGGUCAAGCAGGAUCUUUCUGGAGCAUCUCACCCCAGUUUCCAGCAUGGGCUCACUGAUUCAGGACACUGGACUGCCCAGCAGAGUUCUGUGGAGCUGAAAGCCGAGUCUUCUGAGUCUGAAGAGAAAGUCACCGAAGGAAAUGGGAGAAGUGGAGAAGAGCAGCAGUCAACUGGGAGUGCUGGGAUAAAUUCACUGGACAUGGGCAGUUUCUCCACAUCUUCAUCGGCGGGGACUUCUUUCCAGUGCAGACUGCAACACAAACAAGACAAGGCGAGGGUGAAGAAGUUGAGAAAAGGGUCGCAGAAUUUGACAGCAGCCUCUUUGCAGUGUGGUUCUUUUUCUGAUGUCAAACUUGGAAGGAGGGAAGCCAUCAGCCCUGAUCAACAAGCGCAUCAGCACAUCCGAAUUCACAGUGCCGAGAAACCCCACUGUUGUUUAGAAUGUGGCAAACAGUUCUCACGAGUAAGCCAUCUUCAGAGGCACACAAGAAUCCACACUGGAGAGAAACCAUAUUGCUGUUCUGAAUGUGGCAAACAAUUUUCGCUAAAGCACAAUCUCCAGAGUCAUACAAGAAUCCACACUGGAGAAAAGCCUUACUGCUGUUCUGAAUGUGGCAAGUGUUUCUUAGACAGCACCAGCCUUAACAUUCACGUGAUACUUCAUACCGGAGAGAAACCCCAUUGCUGUCUAGAAUGUGGUAAACGAUUCUUACGAAUAAGCAAUCUUUACACCCACCAAAGAAUCCACACUGGAGAAAGACCAUAUGGGUGUUCUGAAUGUGGCAAACGCUUCUCCCGUAGUAACACUCUUCAGAAGCAUAUACGAAUUCAUACUGGAGAGAAACCAUACUCUUGUUCUCAGUGUGGCAAAAAAUUCUCACAAGUAAGCAAUCUUCAGAGCCACCAAAGAAUCCACACUGGAGAAAAGCCGUAUUGCUGUUCCGAAUGUGGUCAGAGAUUCUUUGACAGUAGCGCUCUCCAGCAGCACACACGGGUUCACACUGGCGACAACCCGUACUGCUGUUCUGAAUGUGGCAAACACUUCUUUAAAAGUAGCGCUCUCAGGCAGCACAUACGCAUUCAUACCGGAGAGAAGCCAUAUAGCUGCUUGGAGUGUGGCAAACGAUUUUCACAACUAAGCAAUCUUCGGAGCCACAAAAGAAUCCACACUGGAGAAAAACCGUAUAGCUGUUCUGCCUGUGGCAAACAAUUCUCUGACAGUAGCAAUUUCAAACAGCACACUCGAGUGCAUACUGGAGAAAAGCCAUAUUGCUGCUCUGUGUGUGGCAAAAGCUUUUCCCAUAAUAGCACUUUUCGCAAACAUACAAAAAUACACACAGCAGGGAAAACGUAAUUGCUGGAUUUGAUAAAGGAUUCUCAUUUUUAUAUGGGCUUCAUAGAUUCUAAGGAGAAUUGAAGCCUUGAGGCGUACAGUAGAGAGGGGAUGAUGGAGAAUGAGUCAAAGUCACCUGCCUAGUUGCUCAAGUCAUGGGGGGCUCCCUUCAUGUGGUGGGCUUUGUUCAAUAAUUUCUAAACUAAACCUCAUCAAUGCAAAACUGCUUUCUUAGUUUGAAAUUACAGUUAUCUCAGAAUAAAAGGAGCACACCCUUUGCAUCAGCGCUGUGGUAGGUGAUGGUGCCAGCAAUCUUCAGAUCAAGACCUCCAAAGCGAUGUCAGUCCAGAUGGGCAGUGGCGCCAAUCCCACCGUGAUGGAACAGACAACACCACAUCAGCUUACCUCGUGCAAGAAAUUAAGGGUCGGUUUAUACUUCACGCGCACAAUCACAGCUGCCAUGCGUUCUCAGCGGUCAUUUGACGGGUGCUCAGAAAUGAACGCGACGAGUUGCAGUACCGGGAAAAGGUCAGGAGGGGGCACAGUGCGAUAAAAGUCGGAACGUGACGUCAGAGUCUCUCUUUACUAUCGACACGUGACAGAAAGUCAAUGUGCGGUGCUGCGAUGUUUGACGUAGUGAAGCAAAAUGCUGCCAUACAAAUGCAUUCGUGGUGCUUUUAUAUUCAAGCGUCGCAUAUUCCCCAACGUAAUGACACAUUUUAAAAGUCUCACAUGUACCGUCUUCUGUGCCGUCUUUGUUUUUUCAUCAGAAUGUAGGGCAGCAUAUUUGAGCCACAGAGAAAAAAAUUAGAGACGCCAUGGAAAGGCCUAAUUUGUGAUUUCAGUGGAAAUUGCAGCUUUAAUCUCGAAAUGUCCACUUUAACCUCGUAGUUUAUGAUUAAAGCAGACCGUCGUAAACGUCAUCUUAAAACUGGCCCAGUUGUUAAUCGCUGUGUGCUUCUGGGACUUCCUCCUGACCUAACAGCAGCAGUAGGAAGCGAUUGCCACACAGAACACGUUACAUUUGUGAUA